UUUUCCGCCGAACCGACAGGGGGCGACAGCUCCCAUCCAUUGCCUCGGCCAAACGCAGAGUGCACUUCCGCUGAACUGCUCGAUGACGUGUCGUGUUAAACGUGUCCUAAACCUGCUGCAGACGAAUAAAGGAGGAUUUUGGUCACAGCAGACAUUCGACGAUAACCGUGGAGAUCAGAGUGGGCUGGAUCAUCUGUUGCCAUGGUAAAGCGGACGCUGAGGACAGACAGGUCCUCCCUGGUCCCUGCAGGAUGCAGCGCAGCCAGGAUCCCCUUCCCCCCCGUCCCUCAGACUCAGCAGGCUCCAGCAACAGGAAGCUCCGGCAGUCAGACUCACUUCAGCACUACCUCAGAGGAAACGGGUGGGCGGAGCCACCAGGAAGGGUCUGAUGGAGAGGCGGAGUCAAAGAUAAGCAAACAUGAUGGCUCAGCGUCGGCCAGCAGACUCACGCUUUCCUGGUCAUGUGACUCAGCUGCAGAUGUUCCUGAUCCCGACCAGCAGGGGGCAGCGGAAGACAGUCGAGCAGCUGAGUUGCAGAGCGCGGGCUCCCUGAAGGUCACCAUCCAGAGGAGCAGCGAGAGCCGGGAGUUCGGACAGCCGGAGCGGGGCGCCGAAAAGAAAACCCCGGGACUCCGCUGUCACGUCUGUGACCUCUGCUGUCACUCCCUGCAGAUGUUUCAGGAGCACAUGUCAGGAGGAGAACACCUGAGGAGACUGCAGGAGGUCACCAGCCGGAUCCGCUCUUACAGUCUGGACAGGGGGCGCCAGACUCAACCUCAGCGCUGGUGUGACACCUGCCAAACCCGCUACACCGGAAACGUCAUCGUCCAUCGGCGCACAAAGUGGCACAAGGUGAGAGAGCUGGGGAGACGAAGCAGCCUGGAGUCUUCCUCACUGCCUCCCCUUGUUGUGUGCUUGUGCGUGACGCAGGUGUGUAAGCAGCGGGGCCGGCCCUUCUGUCCCGUGUGUAAGCGACACUUCAGGACGCCCAGGAAGUUUGUCGAGCACAUGAAGUCUGCGGAGCACAAGCAGCAGGUGCAGCUGGAGGAGGCGCAGGAGGAGGAGCUCAUCACUCUGGAUGCAGUGGGCUGCUUCGAGGAGGAGGAGGAGGUGGAGGUGGCAGAGGAGGGUCAGCAGGGGGAUGAAGAGGAGUCACCGGGGGAGCAUUCGCAGGUGGAGGAGGCGGACGGCGAAGAAUACGACCCGCACGUGGAAUACGGAGGAGCUUUCGUGGUUCCCGUCUGUGGCUUCGUGUGUCGACUCUGCAAGAAGUUCUUCUACCGAGAAACCGAAGCUCGCCACUCGCACUGCAGGACGCACGCACACUUCCAGAACCUGCAGCGACAUCGAGCUCAAACAGGAAGUGGAGACGAGGAGGAGAAAGAGGAAACGUCUGGCCUCACCUGACCAACAUGAUGUCACCUGAGACAGGUGACAUCAUCCCAGACUGUCUGUUCUGACUACGCUCAUCUGUAAAGUUCUGAGCUGAAUUUACCAAACUGUUCUGUCUUCCAUCUCUCAGUAGUCUUUUACCAAACACGGGUGUCCCACAGGGAUCCGUCCUCGGCCCGUGAGGUUCCAGUGAAAAUAAAGGCUUGGAUGUUUCCAAACUCUGACUGGAAGGGAAUGACCACAGUGUGCUUCAUGUUUCUGACAGCGUUUGAACCCAAAUGAUGUUUUCUUAUUUAACUCUAUUUUUUAAUCUUGACCUGGUGUGAAAAAAUAAAUUAAAUACAAAGUUUUUUAUAGAAAUAUCUUCCCCAUAAAUCUAUAAUGUUCUGGCUCGUGAAAUAUGCUUUUCACAAUGAUCAUUUGUGAAUCCACUGUGUUCUGACGUUGAAAAUGUUGAUGACUUAAUAAAAAAAAUAUCACAAAUAUUGAUCAAACA